CUCAACAGGUGGCCGAUCUCCUGCGUGAAAAAUUGCAAAAUAUGGGUUCUGAGCUGAUAGAUGCCCGGGCGCGCGUUGCGGAACUGGAGGAGCAUUUUGGGAAUGAUAGAAAGUUAAUUGCCUCGACAACAUCGGACCUUGAGCGAACCUCCGAGCGCGUUGUAAAUAUUGCUGAGUACCUGAAGCUCCAGAAGCAUGAAACAAUUGACGCUCUCAGCAAACUGGCGCAAGCGGAGGAUCAGCUGGCUCACAGCCAGUCACGCUUGCAAGAAUGCGAGGCGAUGGUGCAUUCCAUGCGGCAAGAGAUGGAAUCUAUGAGACAGGAGAUUUCCGAGUUUGAAGAAGCUAUGCAUGACGGUAAAGCGCAGACCCGGAUCGUGCAGAACACUGUAACAUUUCAGGAACAACACAUAAAGGACCUAGAGGGGAGGUUACAGAAGGCCGAGACGGAGUUAGUACAUGCUCACAAUAGAUCGCAAGACCUUGAAUCGCGCUUGGAAGCCUCAAAAGAUAUCGAGAAAGCUCUUGUUCAGCAGAAUGCGCGCCUCACCUCCGAAGGCGAAUCUAUCAGGGAGCGACUCCAGCUUUCUGAAGCAGGACAGGCAGAUAUCCGGAAUCUAGAAAGGGAGCUAUCAGCACGGAGUGCGAGGCUCGUGUCGGAACGCGAUACACUCCUUGACAAACUUCAAAUUGCACAUGGGCAGCUGGCAGAUGCGAAGCGAGAGGAGGAAAGCUACCGCGAAAGAUUCGCAGAAACGCGAACGUCGCUGAAGGUUGGCCUCGUGUCAUCCAGUCUUUUCAUAUUUACCCUGUCCCAGGUUCUUCAGGAACGUUUCGACGACCAGUCCGUUACUCUCAGACUCACCAAGGAAAGUGUCGGCGAAGCUCAGGAUCGUCUGCAAUCCACGAAUAACACAAUUUUGGCUCUGAACGAAAAGCUGGCGGAAUCUGUCAGCCGCGCCAGUGUUGUGGAGGAACGCGAACGUUCAUUGCAGCGUAGACUCGACGAAGCCAUCGUCGCCACAGCCGCCGAACGGGACUUGGUUGGUAGCCUUCGGAAGGAACUUUUAGACUGCCAGAUAGACCUCUCCCGACAGCAGGGUAUUCAACGAGCCACAGAGCAGAUUGCAGAACAACGCGUUCGCGAUGCUGAACGACGAAUCGAAGAGUUGAACUCUAAAACAGACUCUCAGCGCGGCGAGCUGGGCCAGAAGCAACAAGUCAUAUCCGAACUGACCCAGCGCCUGGCUAUUGCCGAAACUCCUUCUGAUCUGCACGAACAAGAGCUCCUUGUUCUGAAAACGCGCAUUCGCGACCUUGAACAAUCCGAAACGCAACUUCUCCAAAGGUCGACGAACAUCACCGUCCGACAUGAACAGAAUGACCUGAAUGACAACGAGUGGAUGUUGGUCCAGAACCUUGCCAAAAAUGCCACAGAAGUCUUUGAGCGCGAGCUAGCGGAAAAGAACAAUGACAUUCGAAGGAGAGACAACCUCAUCAAGCAACAUGAAGCUCGCAUCAUGCAAUUAGAAGCAAGUUUAGCCCGUCGCAUUAGGGAAGUUCCACAAGUCGGAAGCUCAAGGGACGAUAAGCAAGAUGAAACUUUCUGGAACGAGCCCCCAUCCGGACCCGGGGACCCACAGAAUUCCGGUGUGCAUGGGGCAACGAACCAUUUAAUUGUCAGAGAACCUCGACGUGCCGACCACAUUCCACUCGCGAACAGUGACUCCGAUAUUGAAGACGAGAAGGACCUCGCAAUGCGGCAAGUGAAGCGGACGAUCUCUGUCGAUGAUGAAGAGACCAGACCGGCAAGGCGACCGAAAAAUACAAAAUAUCCGGAAAUGGAGAAGACAGCGGACAAGGUCCCAGGUCCAUCAAAGAAGAAGACGAACAAGCGACAGAAUCGGUAGUUGGCAGUGAUGGACUACGUUGCCUCUGUUUAAGGUUCAGCGAAUGUGUAUGGGCUGGUCCAGUCUAUGCUGAUUGUGUCAGCAUCAUUAUUGUGUAUUAGUAGUAUUUCUCUUUCAGAGAGACGCGUGACCUUUUCGCGUGGUAUCAGGACUCUGUAGCACAGUGUAUGCAAUGCA